GAAGCCGAAGUCACGAGUGGAGCAAACGAAGCUUAAUGACGCAACAGUGACGUCACUUAAAUCAACAUGGCGUCCAAGGGUGGAGGUUUGGUACUGUUUCUCACAAUUCUCACCUGUUACCUCCUCAAUGCAGCCUGCGGGAUUGACACAGGUGUGGUUGGGCCGCCCUACAGUGUUGCAGGUGUGGGUACUGUAGCAGGUGUGGAGGUGAGGGUUCUGCAGAGAGAGAGACGGGAUGUCACUGAUAUGAUUCCCCAGCAAGGCGAUGCUAAGAACACCACCACCACCACUACCUCCACCACCACCACCACCACCCCUACCACCACCACCACCACCACGCCAGCCCCUACGAAGGUGGAGGAGGAGGAGAAGGAGGAGGAGGAGGAGGAGGAGCUGGAAGAGGAGGAUGACUAUAACUCCGAGGACAUGGAGGAAGACAGUGUAGGGCCCGUUAAGGGAUAUGAAACGACGAAUGCAACUGUUGACCAUCACAGGUACUACCAGUCACACACCAUCAAGGGCGUGGAGAAGGUGCAACAGUACUGGGUGGACCUAGACUCGUUUGAGCAGGAGACCGUUAUCACAAACAAGAUGCUGUCGGCUUCACAUCGUCGGGCUGCGACAGUGAGGCUGACGUUUGAGUUCCCCUUCUAUGGGCACAAGGUAAGGAACAUCACCAUCGCGACGGGCGGUUUCCUGUUCACCGGGGACUUUAUUCACACCUGGCUGGCGGCAACGCAGUACAUCGCACCUCUCAUGGCUAACUUUGACACCUCCAUCAGCAAGAACGCUUCUGUCAAAUAUGCAGAUAAUGGUACGUCGUUCACAGUGCAGUGGAAUAAUGUGUCUUUGAAGGACCACGCUGAUGCUGGAACCUUCACUUUUCAGGUGACGCUACACAAGAGCGGGGACAUUGUUUUCACCUACAAGGAAGUGCCGAUGUUUUGUGACGGCAUUAUUGAUGACCAGCACCCGGUGAAAGUCGGCCUAUCAGAUGCUUAUAUUGUGGAUAGGACUAUUUUGUUUGUGAGGAGAAAAACCAUUUAUGAAUACCACAAAAUUGACAUGAAGAAGAAUAGUAUAAUUGGAAACUGGACUGCUAUUUUGUUCAAGGCCCUGCCCACCUGCGUCUCCAUCCACAGCUGUCUUGAUUGCCUCUCGCAGAAGAUAAGUUUUCAGUGUCAUUGGUGCGACUCAAUCAGCAGAUGUAGCAAUGGUCUCGAUAGAAACCGUCAGGAAUGGCUUCUUAACAACUGCGAGGCGCGACGUACAGACGAUGUUAGCAGCUGCCCUCCCCCUAGUGCCCAGCCUGACCCCUCCCCAGAGACAUUCGGGCGCGAUGCAUCUGUGGAGUCAUUUACUGCAGCAGAGUCCGAGGCAGAUGGCAGUUCGCACGUCGGUGUGGUGAUAGGGGUGGUCUUCCUCGUCAGUCUGUUAAUGGGAGUGGUCGGCUGGAUCACCUAUGCUUAUUUCUACCCACACUCUCCUUCCGGCCAGAUUCUCAUUAGGUACCGGCCCAGUACAUGGUCGUGGAGAAGUGGAGAAGCAAGAUACACCGCAGCAGCCAUUCACAGCAUCCACAUGUAAGAUGGAAGAGGUGGAGAAGGUGGAGGAGUGUGUUCGUGUAAGCUGAUAGAAAAAGGAGGAGGAAGAGAAAGAGGAGGAGAGAUGCGUUUUAAAGAGGUGGAAGAGGAGGAGGAGGUGGUGAAAAGAGAGAGGAGGAGGAAGAGGAGGUGGAGAAGGAGGAGGAAGAGAAAGUCAUGUGCUUGUGCGUUGAAUAGAAGAAGAGGAGGAAGAGAAGAAGAAGAAGAGGAGGAGGAGGAGGAGAGAGAAAUCAGAAUUUGAACAGACAAAAAAAAAAAAAGAUUAUUUGAAUUUUGCACCUCCUCCUCCUCCUCCUCCUCCUCCUCCUCCUCCUCCUCCUCCUCCUCCUCCUCCUCCUCCUCCUCCUCCUCCUCCUCCUUGACACAUCAUCGAAACCUCAGGAAAGAUUAGGCAAGAAAUGAACAUAAUAAUAAUAAUAAUAAUAAAAAUGCAAUUAUAUAAUCGAAAGGUAAUGAAGUUUAUAAUUUUAAGAACUAUUAAUGAAAUAGAAGAAGAGGAAGAGGAAGAGGAGGAGGAGGAGGGGAUGGUAAUGAAGAGGGGAGGUAAGGAGAAAUGAAUGAUAGAAGAAAACGAAUAUUGGUAAAAAUGAAGAGAAAUCGAGUGAAUUGAAAGAGAAAUGGAAGAAAAACGAGGAUAAAUUAAAGAAAGGAAGAAGGAAGAGAUUAAAGAAAGUGGAUGAAAAAAGAAAAAUGAAAAAGUAAGGAAUAAAUGAAGUGAAGAAUGAAGGAAAAUUAAAUGAGAAAGAAAAAAGGAAAAUUAAGUUAACGACUGAAGAAAGGAAAGAAAACAAAGAAUACGAAAAAAAAGUUUAUAUUCGUGUGCGUGUGUAUCUGGAAAAGUAAAAAAAAAAAAAUAAUUGAAAUAAAAAAAUGAAAUUGAAAUAGACUAAGCAUCCCUCCAUUUUGUGCCUUAGGGAAACAAGUGAAUUAAAAACAAACAAACAAACAAACAAAAACGUAUUCCAUCCAGACUCGUGCCUUGAUUAACACUUACGAAAUAUUAUUGGAAAAAACAAACAAACAAACAAACAGACGAACGAAUUUACUGAAAUAUUAACUUUUUUUUUGUUUAUUAUUAUUAUUAUUAUUAUUAUUAUUAUUAUUAUUAUUAUAAGUAGAAUACGGUGAAGAAAUUGGCAGUUCAUUUAUUUAUUUAUUUAUUAUUUUUUGUGCUUUGAAGAUUUGCCAAACGGAUGAAUUGAAAGAUAUACAAUUAAAAAAAAUAUAUUACGCAUAUUAAUUAGUUUAUUUGAAUUAUUAUUAUUAUUAUUUCAUUUAUUAUUUUUACAUAGAAAACGAAUGAAUUGAAAGGCAAACUAUUAACAAAACGAAUUGACUAGUUUUUUUUUUUUAUUAUAUUUUAUUAAUAUUGGUAUUAUUAUUGUUUUUAAUGUAGAAUAAGUUAAAGAAAUCAACUCCAUCCAUUUUGUGCCUUUGUAAUUGAAAAAAAGGGUUGAUAAAUAGUGAUAGGAACGAGAUUGGUAAACAACAGAGAAAUGCUUUGAAUUUUGAAAUACAGAAAGAGAAAGAAAAAAAUAAAUAAACGCAAGAACAAAAAAAAAAUAUUAGAAGCAAACGAACAAAGGAAGAAAAAUAAGAAAAAUAAGAACAGUGCAAAAAAUCACGAACAAGAGCAAUAGGAAGACAAAAAACAAGCAAACAAACAGACGAACGAACGGAAAGAAAUAAAAACAGGUGCACAAAUAGAAAAAAAAUAAUAAUAAUUGAAAGUGAACAACAUAACAAAUAGUAAAACAAUUUAAAUAGUCUGUAAGGUUCUUGUGAUAAUUGUUUAUAAUUAUAUUAGUUAGGUACGAAUAUAUAUAUAUAUAUAUAUUUUUAGCUUGUAAGUCUUAUCGUAAAAGGAAAAAAAAAACAACAACAUUUUAAUACAACUACGACUGCAAUAUUUACAUUAACCAUUAUUUAAAUUGCUAUAUUGUGUCUAUGUGUUGGGCCGCUAUUGAAGUGAGGUUAGAAUACGGUGCAGGGACAUGGCAACACUGCUACAUUCAUACUUUCACUCUUCCUCUCUUAUUUCCUGGUUAGGUUACAGUGCCAGGAUAUGGUAACACUGCUAGGGUUAGACUUUCGCGGUCUCUGUCUCUUGUUUCCGGGUUAGGUUGGGGAAGGUUAUUGUGGGGAUGUGGUAAUACUGCUAGACUGAUAUUCUCUCUCUCUCUCUCUCUCUCUCUCUCUCUCUCUCUCUCUCUCUCUCUCUCUCUCUCUCUCUCUCUCUCUCUGAACAGACAAAAAAAAAAACAUUAGCAGUCUUACUUUAAAUGUCCUUGAAGAAAGUUAAUGUAAUUGGCAUUUUACACAUUGUUGAGAAUCCUUUGGGUGCGUUAGUUAAGUUAGUUAAGUUAGUGUGUUAGUUAAGACAGGAAUAUCAGACCAGCCUUUGAGAGAGAGAGAGAGAGAGAGAGAGAGAGAGAGAGAGAGAGAGAGAGAGAGAGAGAGAGAGUGGGGGUGUGGAGGCGGCAGUGAAAAUAAUUAGUUAUCUUUCCUUAUUCAAGACUUGUGGUAGAAUUCGUGUUAUUUCGUCACUUGGUUAAAA